UUUAAUAAAAAAAAUCCAUAAAAAAACAGAAAAAUAUAAUUUAAGAGCAAAAUAUUCCUCUGCAAAACAAAUGGGAUAUGAAGAUUAUCAAUCAUUUUUCUCAAAAUCUUUUAAAUUACAAAGUUUCAAAUUUUCUACAAGAAAAAUUUAUAUUAUGGAGAACAAAAAUCUUAAUAGGAAAAUAUCAAGGAAAAAAAAUAAAACAUCUAUCUACAAUUCCAUUUAAAUGCAGCAAAGAAACAAAAGAUAAAAGCAUAUUAUUUCCAGAGAAAGAAGUAAAUGAAUCAUUUUAUAAUAAUCACAAUUCAAAAACCAUUGAACCUAUUUCAUCAUUAAAAAAAACAUCCAGGCAAUCAUCAGCUUUCUUCAAGCCUCUUAAUUCUUUAAAAGAUAGCCAUGAUUUAAAAAAUAAAUAUCAGAAAUUGCCUAUUUAUAAUCGAGCAGCAUCUCGGGAAGUAAGAAAUCAAGAUAUUGUUUCUUCAUGGAGAUCUUUAGAUAUUCUUCUGAAACAAAACAAUGUACGACGUGAUGAAAGAAUGGGAAGGUUUUAUGAGAAACCUACGAGAAAAAGAAACCGUUUACGCAGCGAACGCCAUAGAAAACGUUUCAGAGCUAGUAUACGUCGUUUGGUUUCUAUUGUGAAAGAAAUGAAACAUAAAGGAAUAUAG